CUUAUGUUCUUAUGUAAAUUCUCAGCCAUUGCUGUCCAGAUAGUCUGCUCAAUUCACUGAAAUGAGACAAAAUGAUCCAAUAGCCCCCCACCCCCCUUCAGUCAGGCAAAAGAUAUGAAAUGGCCAUGCAAAACAAAGACCAGAAACAGAUUUCAUUGUUUUUUCUAUGAGCACACAAGUUGCCUGUUUUUUCUGCAGGAACAUAGAGCUCCAACCUCUGAAAGGGCCAAGCCAGCAACUUCCACAGAGGUUGUGCAAUAGUCACUUGGCGGUCAUUCAUUCGGAGUGCGCUAGCACCAGGCUCCAGGGGACCGGCGUGUCAGGUGGGCUCUGUCUCCAUCCUGCUCAGUGGAUCUACCUCAGUCUGACCAGACUUGGCCAUGAUCACGUGGUGGCCAGCCGUGCUAAUCGCAGCCACCAUAGGCUACUUGGUCGAUGGGGAUCAGGAGAUCCGAGUCCCUCAGGGAGCAAACAUCACUCUGCUCUGCCGCUACAGCCCUCUGCAGCGGCAGCGUGUCAAAGGUUGGUACCGACAGAGUCCCAGCGGACUGGUGCCACUGGGCCGGACAAAUGGCUGGGUGGCCCUUAGCCACAUGGGCCGGCUGGAGGUGAGCGAUGAGUGGCAGAAGGGCAAGGUGCAGGUGAGCAUGGUGGAGGUGGGGGCCACGGACACGGGGGAGUACUGCUGCGCGUCUACCAUGCUGUUUGGCGUAGACAUCAUCCGGCGGUUCACACUGCAUGUGUCUCAGGGUGAGAAGCUGGAUCAUAUGGGUGGACCAGGUGAAACACAAACACCAAACAGCCUGAUCCACAUACUGGAGUGCAGCCGGACUGGCCAGGAGGAUCCAGCAUCUCUCUUUGGUGUGUGGAGCUGGGCAAGGUGGCUGCUCUUCUGGCUGAUGUCCUCAGGGGCUGUUCUGAGCAGCAUCAUCAUAUCACUGAAGAAAAGUAGGCUAUGCGAUCAUCAUCAGUCUGCAGCGGGACAUAGUGAUGUUGAAGAAAAGAUACUUUGAAAUGCUCUUCAACCGUGUGUGCGUGCGAGUGGGUAUACCUUACCUUAUGGGGACACAAUGUCCCCACAAAGUGAUGAAUACCUGUCUUUUUCCCCUUAUGGGACCAGUUUCUUGGUCCCC